AUGAGAAAACCACAAAGGAGAGGAGCGAUGGCGAUGGAGAAGACGAGCUCAAAGUAUAGAACACAGUUCUGGUACGUUGCAAUGGCCUCUUUCCUCCUAUGGCUUUUCUUGCUUUACCUUUUCAAUUCCUCCGCAACAACCGUUCAUAACCACGAGAGAUUGUUCCGACAAGACAACGUCAUCGAUCUCUCUGUCAACGUCCAACAGCACCACGAACCCGAUCAGCCUCUUGUCUCCGCCGUAGAUAACAGCACUCUUCCUGUUCCCGUCGACGAUUCGUCUCCUGAAGAUCGGAUUUCGGAAGACGCGAAGGUUGUGAAUGAUCUCGUUGAAGAACUCGAGAAAGAAAAGGUAGAGAACGAGAAGAAGAGAGGUGGUACGGUUAUAAAUGGUCGGUCCACGAGGGCGAGAAGAGGACAUCGAGAACCGCGAAAGGCGAGAUCUUCCGGUAGAGCAGAGGCUGAUAAGAAAAGGGUUCGUCGUAAGGAUGAUGAUGAGAGCAUAAAUGUUGAUGACAACGAUGACAAUCAUCAAUCAAUAUUCGACAAAGAAACAAACGUUCUAGAGUCUGAAAACGUCGCGGAGUCCAAGAAAGAGAGAGAUGAUGAUGAUAACAACGAUUCCGAGAGCAAGAGUGGCAAUGAAUUGCCUAAUGAUUGGUCCGAUAUUGAUCUUGAAGGUGAUAACACCUCGGAAAUAGUAUCGGAAGAGCGAAAUAGUACUACUUCCGAGGCUAAAACCAGAGUAAACUCGAAGAGAAACCAACCUAGGAGAGUCCCGAGAGUUAUAGUACGGCCAAGAACGCGUCGUAACGAUCCAUGCGCAGGAAAAUACGUUUACAUGCACGAUGUUCCAGCUCUGUUCAACGAAGAGCUUCUCAAGAAUUGCUGGACAUUGAGUAAGUGGACCGAUAUGUGCGAGUUAACAUCGAAUUUCGGUUUAGGCCCUCGUCUACCAAACAUGGAAGGAGUUUCUGGUUGGUUUGCUACAAACCAGUUCACAUUGGAAGUGAUAUUCCACAACCGGAUGAAGCAGUACAAGUGCUUGACCAAAGACUCGUCUCUUGCUUCGGCUGUGUACGUUCCUUACUAUCCUGGUUUAGACUUGAUGAGGUUUCUUUGGGGACCGUUUCCUUUCAUGAGAGAUGCGGCGGCGCUUGAUCUGAUGAAGUGGCUGAGGGAGAGUCCGGAGUGGAAGAGAAUGGACGGUCGAGAUCAUUUCAUGGUGGCUGGUCGUACCACUUGGGACUUUAUGCGUACACCAGAGAAUGAAUCCGAUUGGGGCAACAGGUUAAUGAUCUUACCGGAAAUAAGAAACAUGACGAUGUUACUAAUCGAAUCAAGCCCAUGGAACUACCACGGAUUCGCGGUUCCAUACCCGACCUACUUCCACCCUUCAAGCAACGCAGAGAUCCUCCAAUGGCAGAACCGAAUGAGAAGAAUCAAACGUCGUUACCUCUUCUCCUUCGUAGGUGCACCGCGUCCAAACCUAGGUGACAGCAUAAGAACAGAGAUCAUGGACCAAUGCAAAGCUUCCCGAAGAAAAUGCAAGCUUCUUGAAUGCGUCUCCGGUUCUCAAAAAUGCUACAAACCGGACCAGAUCAUGAAGUUCUUCUUGAGCUCAACGUUCUGUCUCCAACCUCCCGGUGACUCCUACACACGACGCUCCACUUUUGACUCGAUCUUGGCCGGUUGCAUACCGGUUUUCUUCCAUCCGGGAUCAGCUUACGCCCAGUACAUUUGGCAUUUACCGAAAGAUAUCGGUAAAUACUCUGUUUUUAUACCGGAGAAGAACGUUAAAGAAGGUAAAGUGAGUAUAGAGAAGGUUUUGAGUAGGAUCCCGAGAGCGAAAGUUGUCGCCAUGAGAGAAGAAGUGAUAAAGUUGAUACCGAGGUUGAUGUAUUUUAAUCCAUCGGGUAAGAGAGGAGAUGCGGGAAGGUUUGAAGAUGCGUUUGAUGUGGCUGUUGAAGGAGUGUUGCAGAGAGUGGAAGGGUUAAGGAAGAGGAUUGAAGAAGGCAAUGAGGAGAUUUUUGAUUUUCCAGAGCAGUUUUCUUGGAAAUAUAAUGUGUUUGGGAAUGUUGAGAGGCAUCAUGAGUGGGAUUCUUAUUUUGAUAGGCCUUAAUUUGUUUUUGAGUAUUUAGAUUAUGUUUGUGUGUGUUUUUUCUUUUUAUAUAAUUUGUUGGGAGAUAAGUGAAUGUAGUUUGUGAUUGUGAUGGUAGAAAAGAAAGUGGUGACUGGUGAGGCAGAGAAUGUUCAAAAGGGUUCAUUGGUUGGGACAAUAAACUUAUUUACUCUAGAAAUGGUGUUAUUCUUUUAGGCUU